AUGGCGGUCUCCAUCAAUGAGCUUGACACUGAAGUUGAGGGUGUUUGGACCACACCCUACGAGUACAAUGACGAGGAACAGCCGUGUGAGGCCAUCAAUAUCAAGGAUCUGCUGGCCCAGUUUCUGCCCCCGCUGUAUUCCCUGGUGUUCAUUGUGGGUCUGCUGGGCAAUGCGGUGGUGGUGGUGAUCCUCGCCAAAUACAGAAGGCUCAGCGUCAUGACCAACAUCUACCUGCUCAACCUGGCGAUUUCUGACUUGCUCUUUCUAGCCACCCUUCCAUUCUGGAUCCACCAUGCUAGAUGGGGAAAGUGGGGUUUUGGCCACCCCCUGUGUAAGCUCAUCACGGGGUUGUAUUACCUAGGCUUGUAUGGCGAGAUCUUUUUCAUCAUCCUCUUGACAAUCGACAGGUAUCUGGCCAUUGUCCACGCAGUAUUUGCCCUGCGAACCCGGACUGUCGCCUUUGGUAUCAUAACCAGCAUCUUUACCUGGGCCCUGGCUGGGCUGGCAGCCCUCCCUGAAUUUAUCUUCCAUGAGGUCCAAGGAGAUGCUGAAGACCCUGUCUGUGGCCCUCAUUACCCAGAGGGUCAGGAAGAUACCUGGAAACGCUUCCAUGCGCUACGAAUGAAUAUCUUGGGUCUUGUGCUCCCUCUCCUCAUUCUGGCUUUCUGUUACUCAGGAAUCAUUAGAGCCCUGCUGAAAUGCCCCAGUAGACAAAAGUCCAAGGCCAUCCGGCUCAUUUUUGUCAUCAUGGUGGUCUUUUUUCUGUUCUGGACCCCCUACAGCCUGGUUCUGCUCCUUUUGGCCUUUCAAGGGAUCCUCCCGGACAACAACUGUGAGCAGAGCAAACAGCUGCACCUGACCUUGGCAGUGACGGAAGUGGUCCUGUACACACACUCCUGCAUCAACCCCAUCAUCUACGCCUUUGUGGGCGAGAGGUUCCAGAAGUACCUCUGCCACUUUUUCCACAGGCACGUAGGCAUCUACUUCAGCAAACAUUUCCCGUUCCUUCUGAAAGAGAGACAAGAAAGGGCCAGCUCUAUCUCCCCAUCUACAGGGGAACAGAAACUGCUCUCGGGGGUCUUUUAAGUCAGAUACAGAAAAGCACCUGCAGACA